AUGAUCAGGUCCUUCCCAACCCUCAGUCACCGCCAUCCACGCGUCCAACGCGCUCCUUUUUACCCGUCGAAAGCCCACGCUCGCCCCAGUGCGUCGACCCUCGAGAGUCUCAAUGAACCCUUUUUGUCAUCUCCGAGGCACAAAAGCAGUCGCAGUGAGUCCUUGCGGUCCACGUGGAUGACCAACGAUAGCGACUCGAUAGGAGGAGAUUACUACAAUGACGACGACGAGGAGGAGGAGCUUAGUGCAACAAAGGAGGUAGAUGUAGAGGCGGAGGUGACAACACCCGCGUGUCCGCAAGCGCUCAAUGUGGUUGUCCCCUUGCAAGCCCAACCACUAAGUGACUGGGUCUACUGGCAACGGGAUGCCGUCGCGCUUCCCAACUGUUGGACGCGCGUCUUUGCCGUCUUUUGCGGCACGGAGUUAUGGCUCUAUCGCUACGAAGAGGCUUCGGCUCGGAGUUUAUUACUUCGGAUACGGGUUACAGCGCUAGAUGUUGGACCGGAAGACACCCGUCAGCUGCAGCUCCAGGAUGGAAUGACGACCACGACCGUCACGGUCCAUUUGUGUUUCCUGGACUCGCUGAGCUUCACCAGAUGGCAAAGUCAUGUGGCAACGGAGAUUGCCAAGCUGUCGGGGCCGAGACAAGAGGGAAACCAUGUGGUCGUGCUGUCGACGAUGGCGUCAGCUCUGCAGAAGCCAAGCAGCUUGUGGAAGGUGGUGAUGACGAGUAUGCGGACCAAGCACCAGGCUGCAGCAGGUCAAGCUGAUCCUGCUUUUGUACUGGCGAAUCAAAAGAGACUGAAGAGUCUGGGGCAGCGGUGGAAACAAGUGACGACGGCAUUAAAGAGCGCGCUGAAGCCGAGUCGAGGGCGUUCCCACCACUUGCCACAGCUGGACGGGUGA